AUGAGUUCAUUAAGAAUCCAACAACGCACAUUCAUCACAUUAAUUGUCCUUCUACUCAUACUAUCAACAGUAUCGUUCUUGAACGUCAAUAGGAACGCCAUAGGAUAUACAAGAAGCACAUCGUCCCAGCAGAAUGAGCUAAAGUUAGCUACAUCUGUUGAGCUACAGGUGCCUUCAACGACAGCCGUCACCGAUAAAACCACCUUAGGUGACAACAUAGCCACAACCACAGCCACAACUUCGAGUGACAGUAGCAGUUCCCCUACAGCCACGACUUCUUCCAUAGUUCAGAAUGAAUCCACUGGUGAGUCUACCAGUCAUAAACAAUUCUACAAAUACUCAUACUACGACCCAACUUCAAACUCAUUUAAAGUAAUUUACAAACAACAACCACAACACCAUCAACAGAAGAAAGAACACAAAUUACAACCAACUAACAAGUACACCACAAUCAACGAGAAUCCAUCAGUCCUUAUACUUUCAGCUAUUGGUAAAGAUCAACCUUAUGGGAAAGAUCGUCUAUUCAGCGACUUUAUGAAAACAAUACACACAAUCAUUGAAAAUCAGCCAGAUUUACAAUUCAACCUAGGCUUAUCAUCAAACUACCUCACUGAAUUUGAAAAUAUUCAAAAGUUUAUUGACGAAAAUGAUGCACAAUAUUUCAAGUAUUUCAACACCAUCACUAUUGUCUCAGCCCCAGAUUUAGAGCAAACCGCCUCUGGUGACGACGAAGAAUUAUCAAGAGACAAUCGCCAUGACGAUAGAAAACAAAGAAUGAGACGAAGAUUGAUUGCCCGAUGCAGAAACUACCUUGUAUCCAAUGCCCUCACCCUGGAAGCAUAUACUUUGUUCAUUGAUUCCGAUAUCGUUGAAUUUGAACAUGCUUCCAAAUUCAUUCAAUUUUUAAUUGGAUCAAAAAAGGAUAUAAUUGUGCCUAGAAUUAGACGGGGAGAUUUAUCCGAUUAUGAUCGUAAUUCAUGGCGUGGAAAGAGAACCAAACCAACUUUGGAGCAAUUGCAAUUGAUGGAUGAGAACAAAUGGGACCAAUUUGAUUAUGUACCUCGCGAUAUUGAACUGGAGAUGUUUCAUUUCUUUAAUUUGGACAACAAGGAUGAAUUAACUAUUGAUCAACAGAAAUUAAGUUAUAUGGUGGAAUUGGAUUCUGUUGGUGGUGCUGUCUUGUUUUUCAAGUCUUAUAUUUUCAAACAAGGUGCUAUAUUCCCCACUAGUUAUAUUAUUGGAACUACUUGGGACAGGUUGGAAGGGUACGAUGGAAUUGAAACCGAAGGAAUAUGUUACUUGGCAAAACCUUUGGGUUAUCGUUGUUGGGGUAUGCCCAACUUGGUGGCACAUCAUGUUCAAUAG